GCGGGGCCCCGAGGCUCUGCUGGAGCCAUUCGGGGGGCUACCAGGAGGCCGCCUGGCGUCUGUCCGUCCCAGACCUGCAGCUCGGCUCACACCGGGGAAUGAGCACCUCCGGGGGCCUGCCCCGCCCCUACUCUGCUUGGGGGUCUCGCAAGGUCCCGACACUCCAGCGCGUGUGUGGGGAGCCCCCAGGAUCCUGCUGAGUGCACCAGCCAGCAGGUGGCAGUGUGGGGCUGCUGCUCCCGCAGAGCCGUGCCUGACUCCCAGCCCCCACCCGUGUGCUGGGGUGCAGCGGGCAGCCCCCUCAGAAGAGCUGGGCCCAGGCUCCAGCUGGGAGCACUCACUCGGGGACUCCGGGGGCUCCCGGCAGCUGCUCCCUGGUCACGCCCAUGGGCAGCGGCACGAGCCGCCUCUACAGCGCCCUCGCCAAGAGCCUGCCCGGCGCGGCGGCCCAGCACCCGGCCUACCUGGCGGCGCCCGAGCCCGAGCCGCUGGAGCCGCUGGAGCCGCAGGAGCUGCUAGCCGAGUGCAGGGCCGUGCUGCAGGGCCGGCCGCCCCGCUGCCGCAGGGACUUCGUGGCCGCGCGGACCGACAGGCCCAGCCGGCACCCGCCCAUCCGAGUCAUGCAGUGGAACAUCCUGGCGCAAGCGCUCGGGGAAGGCAAGGACAACUUCGCGCGGUGCCCGGCGGAGGCGCUGCGCUGGGAGGAGCGCAAGUGCCUGAUCCUGGAGGAGAUCCUGGCCUACCAGCCCCACGUCCUGUGCCUGCAGGAAGUCGACCACUACUUCGACACCUUCCAGCCGCUGCUCGGCCGCCUGGGCUACCAGGGCACCUUCUUCCCCAAGCCCUGGUCCCCGUGCCUGGACGUGGAGCACAACAACGGCCCCGACGGCUGCGCCCUGUUCUUCCUGCAGAGCCGCUUCCGGCUGCUCGACACGGCCAACAUCCGGCUGACGGCCAUGACCCUCAAGACCAACCAGGUGGCCAUCGCCCAGACGCUGGAGUGCAAGGAGUCCCGGCGGCAGCUCUGCGUCGCCGUCACCCACCUGAAGGCGCGCACGGGCUGGGAGCGCUUCCGCUCGGCCCAGGGCUGCGACCUCCUGGAGAACCUGCAGAGCAUCACGCAGGGGGCCAAGCUCCCCCUCAUCGUGUGCGGGGACUUCAACGCCGAGCCCAGCGAGGAGGUGUACCAGCACUUCGCCUCGUCCAGCCUCAACCUGGACAGCGCCUACAAGCUGCUGAGCGCCGACGGGCAGUCGGAGCCGCCCUACACCACCUGGAAGAUCCGCACGUCGGGCGAGUGCCGGCACACGCUCGACUACAUCUGGUACUCGCAGCAGGCCCUGAGCGUGCGCGCCGCGCUGGCCCUGCUCACCGAGGAGCAGAUCGGACCCAACCGCCUGCCCUCCUUCCACUACCCCUCGGACCACCUGUCCCUGGUGUGCGACUUCAGCUUCAACGAAGAGCCCAGCGGGCGCCUGUAGGCACGACCCGCGCCUCCGGGGAAACCUUUGCCAUUAAAGCCUCUGGCUCCCGACGCAGGCCUGUCCCUCGGGUGUGAUCGCUGUGUGUGCUCUCGCAGGCCGCGCGCAGGGGGUGGGCUGGCGGGCUCCUCCCGCGCUUCCUGUGCGAGCUGCCCCCUGCGUCCCGACACCCCGUCCAAAGAGGUGCCCGCCUGCCCCCACCUCAGCCCGGCCCUCCUGCGUCUCUCUCUCGGUGGGGUUUGGAGAUGUCAACCAGACACACACGGCAAUAUUUAUUUUUUAUAUCCUCGUGUGAAAAUUAAAAUAAACGGUAGCAUUAUGGACACUCGAGACGCACGCAGAACCCGAGGUGCCGAGGGGUCUGUCGCAGCUCGCCGGCUCUCGGCAGCCCCAGGCGGGCCCAGAGGGGCGCGUUUGCUCCUCCGAGGGGACUCCGAGUUGGGGUGCCCUCACCUGCCUUUCCCAAGCCGUCAUGAGCUCAGGCGCCCCGUGUCCACGUACGGCCGCACAGUCACGGGGAACUCGGUUCCGGCCCUGCGCGUGUACAGUUUGACACUAAUAAAUGACCCCUUCAGGCUCGA